AUGGAAGUCCUCCAGCAACUCCUCCGCGCAGAGCACCUACCGCAUUCACAAACCGAGCCCCUGACGAUGCACCUCGUCUCGCCCCUGCCGGAACGUCAAUCCCAGGCGACGGCGCAGAUCAUGGCCUCGUUCCCGCCAGCGCCAGAUACCACCGCCGUCGCCGCCGCCAACGCCGCGGAGAUCACAUUUGAUCACUGCCUAUUCCGCAAAGGCCACCACGCGCCGGCGAGCAGUUACAUCUUCCGCAGCGAGGCAACCGGCAGCCGGACAAUCGUAAACCACAAUGACCUGCCCGACAUGACGACGGACGAGUUCCUCAACGUCGUCGAGGCGUUCCGCGGCAAAGGCGGCCGGACGUGGUGGCACUUUGAGGGACGGGUUCCGGAGACGACACUCAGCUGCAUUCUGGCCCUUCGGCGGGCCCUGGGCGACGACGUGGUGACGGUCAGCGUCGAAGUCGAAAGGCCGGGCAGGGCGGGGUUGAGAGAGCUCGCUGCUGAGGCGGACGUGGUUUUCUACUCCAAGAGCUGGGCCGAGGCCUGCGGGUAUACGUCCGCUGAUGAUUGUCUAAGGGAAGAGUCGCUGUCGUUACCGCGGACGUCGUUGGCUAUGGUUACGUGGGGUGCUGAGGGAGCAUGUUGCAUAUCACCCAAGGACCGGCAGCUGGUCAAAAGCCCUGUCGAGACGCCGGUGAAGCAGGUCGUCGACUCGGUAGGGGCGGGGGACACCUUCGUUGCGGGCAUGCUGUACGGACUGAUCUGCCAGGCCGACGCUUGGGACGUAACGCACAGUUUGGACUUCGCGGUUGCACUCGCCACACUCAAAGUCCAGCGAGAGGGGUUUGGUGGACUGGGAGACGAUAUUCGCCAGGACGCGUUGGCGGCGCUCGUUGUUAUUAGUGGAGGGGUGACAGGCCGGGCCAACAUGCAUUCAUGCGCCGCCGAUGCUUUGAUGCAGCUUGAAGAUGGUGCACCUCACACGGGGCCUGCGACGGCGAACAAGGCUGCAUGUGGCCUGCUGCAGCUGAUAGUGGCAUACCGCAUGGCCCCCAGACCUAAUCGGAGACUACUGCGCAAGCAAAAACGGGGAGAAGUAAUUUGGGCCGUUGCUACAGUACCUCUGUGUGUACGUCCUCACAUGCCGGCCAGCGAAGUUUGUCGCGAGAAUUUCGUCCCCUUCAUAUGGAUCUACUGCAGCGAGACCGUGUGGGUGACUGAAUAUACAUACAGAUGGGCCAAGUGA